AUGGCACCAUCCUCUGGCGCCCCAGCCUGCGGUCCAACCUCUGGAGCUCGCCUGCUCCUUGCGCUCGAACCUCAAGAGGGGUGCUGGACCGAGGAUUUCAAGGCGUACCUGCUCCGAGGCACCUUGUCGGAGAAGGAGGAAGACGCAGAACGCGUGGCCCGCCUGGCCACCACUUACUGCAUCCAGAACGGCGAGCUUUAUCAAAGGCGCCCAAACGACGUCUCUCUACAGUGCAUCUCCAAGGAGCAGGGGCGCGAGCUGCUGGCCGACAUCCAUAGAGGGGAUUGUGGGCAUCACUCUUUGUCAUGCACCCUCAUGGGCAAGGCGUUCCGCAGCGGGUUAUACUGGCCCACGACGCUCAACGAUGCCACUGAGCUAGUGAGAUCCUGCGAGGCAUGUGAAUUCCAUGCCAAACAGAUCCACCAGCCCACUCAGGGCCUCUAG